AUGAAUCCGUUGUGUAGCAGAUGUAAUCUAGUCGUUUACCCCACGGAAAAAGUGAAUUGUCUGGACAAGAUUUGGCAUAAAGGAUGCUUCAGCUGCGAGGUCUGCAAAAUGACUCUAAACAUGAAGAAUUACAAAGGCUUCGAGAAGAGACCAUACUGCAAUGCACACUACCCCAAGACAAACUUCACCUGUGUGGCUGACACUCCAGAGAACCGCCGCCUCAAAGAGCAGAGCAAGAUGCAGAGCCAGGUUCUCUACAGGGAGGAUUUUGAGAAGAAUAAAGGAAAAGGCUUCAGCGUGGUCGCAGACACGCCAGAGAUGCAGAGAAUUAAGAAAACACAAGUCCAAAUGAGCAAUAUUAAGUACCAUGAGGACUUUGAGAAGCGGAAGAUGGGAGGACAGGGCCCACAUCCGCAGCCCAGCAGCCCCAACCCAGGGGCCUACCAGCCGCCCGCAGCCUCUCAGAACUACAACUAUGAGCCCGGGCCCGAGCCAGUGCGCCAGGCCGCCGCCGGACCCCCUCCCAGCUCCGGGAAACGCUACAGGGCCGUGUACGACUACUCUGCCGCCGACGAGGACGAGGUGUCCUUCAUGGACGGCGACGUGAUCGUGGACGUGCAGCAGAUCGACGAGGGCUGGAUGUACGGCCGCGUGGAGCGCACCGGCCUGGCGGGCAUGCUGCCCGCCAACUACGUGGAGGCCAUCUGA